AGCCAUGGGGGUUCGCGGACUUACAAGUUAUAUCAACUCAAUCGGAACGCUUUGGACACAGAUCAAUCUUAAAAAUACAAAACUUAUCAUCGAUGGAUCUUGUCUGUGCCAUUAUCUUUACUAUAGCAAUGGCUUAGACUGCCGAUGUGGUGGUCAGUACCAAGAAUAUUAUGAUGCUGUAGUUUCGUUUUUCGAUGCUCUGGUUUCGAACGGCGUGGAGGCCUAUGUUGUAUUCGAUGGAGCACAUGAUCCAAGCGACAAGAAAUUAGAGACACGUAUAGCACGAACCAACGAGAGGGUUAGAAAAUCAAAUGCUCUGUCGAUGUCCGCUGAUGAUUUUUUACUUCCGCUUUUGGCGAUGAACGUGUUCGUGGACGCACUCAGGAAUCGCGGCGUAAAAUUCGUUUUCAGUGACUGCGAAGCCGACACAGAAAUUGCCUCGUUGGCUUAUGGGUGGAAUUGUCCAGUUCUUAGCAAUGACAGUGACUUCUUUAUCUUUGACAUCAAAGCUGGGUACAUUCCUUUUGAAUUCUUGGAAUGGAAUUCCAGUUCUUUGACAGCGAGGGUUUUCUAUCGGCAAAAACUGGCGUCGCACCACCGAAUUCGUGCAGAAUUAAUUCCCUUAUGGGCUUCGUUGGCAGGAAAUGACUACGUGAGUCGUGAUUUAUCAUCUACGUUUAAUCGUGCGUUGAAUGGUUUUCAGACUUUCAACCAUAUUAGAUUUGAAAGCAUUGCGAACAUGCUAUCCAAACUUCGCGACUCAAACGAGGAAGAGGCUUUGAAAUGUGCCUUGAAAAUAAUGAAGUCAGCUGAAAACAGAGAACAACUUAGACAAGCUGUUGAACUUUCUCUCCAGGAAUACACACUUUCAGAGUCGAAUCUAUCGGGCUAUUUCCAAGACGACAUAGUCUCUAGCUCCCUUAGAACGCAGAGCAAUCGCGAGAUCAAUCAGUGGGUCUUGCGCAGGUUCCGAAAUGGAAAGUUUUCCUCCAAAUGCAUCAGCAGUUUGACAUCGGGGAAACUGUUCCUGGAAAUUCCCGUUGAAAAUUGUAGAGAAAUAUCGGCGAACUGUUGCUCUAAGCGGUUAAGGAGAUGCGUGUAUGGAAUUUUGAACGAUGCUGAAACAAAAGCAGAAGGAAAUAUAAAGGUGAUCCAAGAAUGGGACAGAGAGGGCUUAAGUGUCCAACAAUCAAUUGUAAAACCCUACCAAGAAGGCGUGGUCCCUUCUUUGAGCCUAAUCCCGUACCUCGAUCUCGGAGAGCGUGUAAAUUUUUUGUUGUUUGCACUCGAUUCGGAUACCACAGCUGUCAGGUUCUUAGGUAAAAGGUUUAUUUUGAUUGCCGCAUCACUUCGUUACCUCAUAAAAUACGCGCAUCCACCCUUGGAGACAAACCAUCUGAUCGCUUUACUGUGUUGUUGUGUAAACUUGGAGAAAGGCGAGUUGUACAAUGGUAAAGAAGCCACUGUAAGCCCUUACCGCUCCUUAUGGCCGUUUGACAUACGAGCGGUGCAAAGCUUUGCUCAGUGGCAGUGUGUUCUGAGAGAUGCAAUUCAUCUAAACUUUAAUUUGCUUGAGCCUGUACCUGUACCAUGUAUUCAUAAGACGUUCAAUGGAAAAAUGGCACAAAAACUGCUUGAAAGUUUGCAACAAGGUCGUACGCCAGAAUCCUUACUUUGUUCUCCAAGUGUUCUUUCGCGAUAUAAAGAGCUUUACACUGCUAUUACAGACCAGGAAGGCGAUGUUGCCGUCAGGAUGCAAAGCUUACGUUUAUGAACCACAGAAGAAAAACGGCACGAGAAAAAUUCCUAAGACGUGACCUUCCGGCCAACAAGAGAGGUAUCACCACCCAAGAGGGCAGCGCCGACAGCUUCUUGGAACUUAAGCACAGCGCCACUGCCGUCUUAAGAUCCGAUGGUUGAUUGACAAAGGGAAACCAAACUAAAAUUACAGUCAGAUGCCCUCCAAAAAUCACAGGGGAAUAUUCUUCAAUGUUCCUGUUCUGCCUCUAGCUCAAAAAACGAAAGGAAAGAAUUUGAAUCUUCGACCUAUUCUCUUUUCCUCUGGUAAAGAAGAAGAAACGAAUGGUCAGCGGAAAGUGCCAAAUACUAACGUGCACCGACUAACAUUAGAUAACGAUUUUCUGACUUUUGUGAACGUUAGUUUUAAAUGUUUGACAUACCAUUACCUUUUAAAAAGUUUGUUUUCUUUUUAUUCUUUUUCAAUCAUAACAUUUAAUUUACAUAAACAUUAUUUGGAGAAUUUUUAGCAUAAUAAUUUCAUUCCCUGAAGCUUAGGUCGGAUAAAUUAAAAGUAAGGAGUUAUAAUUCCGCUUUUACUCGCUGCAGUGCCUGCGUCAGUUUACUUUUAAAUACAUUAUAUGUUGAAUGGAUACCCACAUUAGCGUUGUUAAAUAUCUCGAGUUAGUGAGGGACUGGGAUUUUUCUUUUCAGUUUAUGCUGUUAUAUGUUAGCCAAUCUUUAAAUGAUUUUCUCAUCAGCACGAACACCGCUGAAGUUCCUUGAUGAAUUAGAGUGCCUACGUAGCUCCAGGAUUCUACAGUUCCUUUCUUAUCUCACGUUUACAGUAUAAAAAGUCAUUUCCGAAUUA